UUUCUUUCUACAAUUUUAAAUUAAAUUUAUUAGAAUAAAUGCUUCGAACACACGCGAUCUAAGUACCUUUUGUGUUUAUUAUACCUUACCUACCUAGGUAUAAAAAGAGUACUUACGUAGAUUUUCUUUUAUUAACUGUUUUAUACGAAGAUCUUGAUCUCUCAAAUUAGCAUCCAUUUUACUUCCAGUGAUUAUCAACUAAAUUAAUAAUCCACAAAGUAUUAAAUAACGUUUUUAUGAAAUAUUUAGCACAAAAACAAUACCCUUUAAAUAUCGAUCGUCAGUAACUGUGGCUGACUUACCUAUAUUCUAGCAAGCAGGACUGCCAGAUGUGAAGGGGAAAUCCCCAAUAAAUUGUUGCAUGUGACUGAUGAUGUGAGCAUGUUCGUUUCAUAAUAAAAAUGUUGCCAGGUAACCAAAAAGUCGUAUGUUUUUGUGCGAAUUACGAUCAUAAUCUUUACGAUCGUACAUUAAAAAAUAGACAAAUAAUAGUAUGAGUACGAUUUAAAUCGUAUAUCUGUCAACCCUGCUAGCAAGACAGCGACAAAAUCACGUUGCAUAACAAUGUAGCCCAAGCUUAUAUCUUAUGAAAUAUACGGAAGAGAUACGGACUUAGAAAAAACAGAAAUGUUGUUCUUUGUGGAAGUCAUUGAUGAAAUUCUAUGUAUUUUAGCCCGCAAACUUUCUUCAAACAAAAACAGCGCCAUCUAGUAUCGAGUUCUGUAAUUAUCUCUUUGUUUAUGGAUUUGAAGUAAGACCGCCACGCAUGCAAUACAUUAUGACUGGGGAUUCCCCUAUUCGUCGACGCUGAAUAUGAGGCGACGACAAUCACUGUCAAACGUGUUCACUAUUACUCUGACUCUGGUAACGUGACUUCCUGGUAACGUGUUAGGUAGGAAAAGCAGUAAAAAAGUGCAUAUUAAGGGAGCAGAUUUGAAAUAAUAUUUAUACUUAACAAGAAAUAAUUAAAGGUUCAAUGGGGAGACCUAAAGAUUUACGCAUAUGGGAGCACUACCGUACUUUACCAAACAAGUCUGUUUCUUGCAAGCUUUGUAAUAAGGUCUACAAAUUCAGUAAUGCUGCCAAAAUGCUUCAACAUCUUAUCACUUGUCCAAAAUCUCCAGAAACAUUAAAAGACUCUAUGAAACUUAUAAAAGAUAGCUCGUCCAAAACCAAAAUGUCUGGACUGUCAGAGAUAGAGACAAAUGAUUCUUUUAUAAGCCCCUCGUCGUCUGCUAACACUACAAUAAAUGCUGAGUUUCAAGACACCGAUGAUCAUAUAAAAACAGAAUUAGCGAGAGCUAUAUUUGUAACAGGGACGCCAUUAUCGAUGGUGCAACAUCCUUUAUGGAUACAAUUUUUCGAAAAAUUGCAACCAAAAUUUAAAAUACCUUCACGUAAAGCUUUAGCGACAAAAUACUUAGAUAAAAUAUAUAGAGAAAUGCGUUUUGAGUUAAAUGAGGAACUAAAUGCUUGUAGUUACUUACACCUUCAGUGCGAUGGCUGGUCUAAUUUAAGAAAUGAAGGAAUAAUAAACUUUCUUAUAUCAAAACCUCAACCUGCAUACGUUAAAAGUUUGAAUACAGAAAGUAAUCCUCACACUAGUGAAUACCUUAGCCAAGAAGUUGAAAAAGUAAUGAAAGUGUAUGGAGCAAAUAAGUUUCUUGUACUUAUUGGCGAUAACGCUAGAAAUAUACAAAAGGCAUUCGAAUUAACAAAACUCAAAUAUCCACAUGUUGUUCCUCUCGGUUGCUGUGCACAUAUCCUUAACUUGUUGUGCCAAGAUAUUGUAAAGAUACAAGAAGUAACUGUGUUUAUUAUGCAAGCCAUAAAUAUAAUAAAAACUGUUAAAAGGAGUCAACGAUUAAGUUCCUUGUUGAUAAAAUCAAGGCAGGGUGAAGAUUCUACACAAACACUAAAAUUGCCUUGUGCUACAAGAUGGGGAAGUCAUGUUACUUCGUUAAAAAGUUUGAAAGCAAAUAAGAUAGCUUUGCAAAUAUUAACAGUUAGAGAAGAUGUGGUAAUUUCAAGAGAUAUUAAAGAUUUAAUUCUAAGUGAUGAUUUCUGGACGAAGACAGGGGAAUGUAUAAGUAUUUUGGAACCAGUCACUGAAAGCAUAUUUUACUUAGAGAGCGACCAGAAUCGUUUGCAUCGCACAUACAUUACAUUUAGAGAUGUACAAGCUAAGAUACGUUUUGCAUUAAAUGAGAUUUCGACAUUGAGCGAAGAAAGCAAACAGCAGAUUCUAACAUCAGUAUCUUCAAGAUGCAAUAUGGCAAUGAGGCCAAUACAUUUUGCAGCAUAUAUUCUAGACCCCAGGACUCUAGGAGUCGAACUUACUCAAGAGGAAGAACUUAAGGGUAUGGAGUUUAUCUACAAUUUAAGCCAACACUUAAGUUUGUCAAAUGUAAUGGCAGAUUUGGCGUGUUAUAAAGCUAAAGAAAACUUUUGGGCCAGAGGAUUUGUAUGGAGCUCAUUAGAUAGCAUUGAGCCCCUAAUAUGGUGGAAAGGUAUUUGUGGUUCCACUGAGUUAAGCAAAGUAGCGAUUCGUAUUCUAUCAGCUCCCUGUACUUCGGCAGCCACUGAGCGUUCCUUUAGUAUCCAAGGCUACAUACAUAAUAACAAAAGAAAUCGACUUACAACUGAAAGAACUGAAAAAAUUUCAUUCAUUUGUUAUAACUGGAAUCUUAAACAUAAAGCUGAAUGCGAGGACAUUCAGUUUAAUGAAGAAAAUACCUUAGAAGCUUUCAUUGAGCAAGUAAAUGAACAUAACAGUUUAGACGAAAUAGAGCCUAUCGAACCUAUACAAUUCAUCGCUUGUAAUAACUCUGAAUCUGACAGUGAUUGACUGUAGUUUUACAUUUUACUUUCAUCUCUUUCUUAAUAAACUCAAAAUCAAAUUAAAAGUUUUUUAUUCUGUAGGCUGCAUAAUAAUAUUGUCUAUGUCCAGUAUAGUGGACGUCUUGCGGCUGAGAUGACGAUGAUGAAGUACAAAAUCAUAAACACCCAAAAAUUUGGGUGUUUAUGGGGUUUAAACCCAAUAAACCCAAAACACCCGGUUUUUACCCACCAGACUUUAAACCCACCCAGGUGGAUUGCCC